AUGUUAGUGGAAGAUUCAUUGGAGUUAUGUCAUGUGAAGAGUAUCCUAAUUGAUUCCUCGGGUUUUGAUCAGCGUCAUAGAAUAGAUUCUAUAUUUUUUUUCUAUCAGAACAUAACCAUCGCAGCUGUUUCAAUUUCUAAACGAAAGGCAAAGCUCGAUUAUCAAAAGAACCGUCCGGUGAUAAAAUGUGUGAGAAUCAAUACCACAUCUAACAAGUUUAAAAUUUGUGCAUCGAAAAGUAAUUACCAGCAGGAUACCUGGGGAUCUGUUUGGUAUCCCCGUUGUCAAUUGACUACGUCUUGGCUACUCGAUACUCAUCAGGUGUUGCAUUGCAAAAGUCCGCAGAUCAUCCGAACUCUGCAGAAACCUGCGUAG